AUGCGGUCUUUGUAUCAUCGUCUCAUCAUCCUCUUGAGCUUAUUCUCCCUCGCCUGGUGUGACGAGCUCGACGACUACGACUACACAGUUGAACAAUACGAUGACACAUGGGAAGUCUACCGCAACAAUCAGCGCCUCAACAGCUUCGUCAUCGACAAGGCCCGCGGGCGCAUCAUUAUCGAGGAGGCCUAUAAUGCGUGGUACGACUCGCCGCCGAGACUCAAGCUGCGUGACAUCAUGGUAAAUGUUUGGGUUCGGGCCGACAUGUCCCUGUCGGAGCUGACAUCGGUCCAGAUCAGGGACGUGUCAAACCAGGGCACGAUGGAUGCCAUUAAGGACGCUCGGGUGUCCACUGGGAUUCAAGCCCCGACCGACUUCACGGUGGAAGAGAACGACACUGGCUGGAGCGAUUUGAUCAAGGCAGAGUUUUACUACACAGUAAGCAAGAUGUGUAAUGAAUGGCAGUCGUUGGAUGGGAAGGAAGUCAGCAAGAUAGCAGUGCUGAGUAAGGAGGGGCGGCUGGAUGAUUUUAUCUUGUACAUUUCGUGA